ACCAAAGAAACUAUACUCUAGCCUCUGCUAGACUCUCGCCCAAGUGCCGACAAGUCUCUCUCUCUCUCUCUCUUCUAGACUGACCAGUUUUACCUUCCCAGGUUAAGGAUAGAUCGGGACGACAAAGGAGCAGCCAUGGCCGAUCCUCCUUCAACCACAGCCACACUUCUGGAAGCUGAGGAAGGGUUCAGAGAAGACCAAGUGGUAGAUAGAGAAUGCACCAACUUGGUUAUGCCAGAAGAUGGGCACAUCUGGAAAAAAUAUGGCCAAAAGUUCAUUAAAAACAUAGGAAAAACCAGAAGCUAUUUCAAGUGCCAAAGGACCGACUGUAGAGCCAAGAAACGAGCUGAGUGGUUGGCCUCAGACCCAAAUAACCUCCGAAUUGUCUACCAAGGGGUUCACAACCAUCCCUCCUCCACAUCUCAACUGAGUUCUUCACAGCAAGGUUCAGCUUCAGUGACCAACCAGUAUAAUUUGUUUACACAAGUGUUUGGAGAUCAAGACAAUCCCUCCUAGCAGGCUAACAACUUCUCUUCACCUAUCUCAUUCAAUUCUCUUUCAAGUCUCCACCCCACUUUAUUACAACCCCACCAUGGUCACCAAUAACUUGAACCCUAGGUUGUGUUUUUGGUAUCGUUGUUGUUUCAAUUUAGAACAUUUUUUGGGUCGAUCAAUACAAAUUGGUGAAAGAUAUGUAUUGUUUAUAUCAAAUAUGAAAACCAAUUGAGCUAGGGUGAUUGAAUUUCACCCCAAACAAGAAACACCGAUUUCAAUCAUAAACAUCAAUGAUCAUGCAUUUUUAAGAUAUUCCAAUUUGUAUUGAUCAACCCAAAUUCAUGUAGAAAUAGCAAUGCUACCAAAACACAGCCGGGCAGCCCUAUAAGCAGUCACUUGGCUGCAAUUAGCAAGAAACAGAUAGGUUCCACUGUCCAUAUUCCAAAUGCUUCCAUUCCAUCCUCAUAUGUCUUUUCUCCUUUGGAAAAUUUGCAGAAUUUGGCCAAACAAGAGGCUAUUAGAUUAAUUCAUGCAAAGUUUAGAUUGAAAAUCUAGCCCAGACUCUAGUACAUGAGCAUUGAUGUACUAUUUCAGUAUAUAUGAGAUGUUGAAAGGUGCAUUGGUGCAUGGAUGCUUGGAGUAACUUCUGUUUGAUUGUCUCAUCAAUGUUGGCAUCUGAACAAGCUCAGCCCUUUUUUCACAACCUCAAAAUUAAUCUGAAUGGCAAAGUGUUCCCCCCAAACAAAGUAAACUAGCAAUGUCAAUUGCAUCAGAAUGAUUUUACCCUCUGGCUGUGUUUGAUUGCAGUGCAAAAUGUAAAUUCUUGUUUAAUUUUGUUUUGGAUUUUACU